AUGGCAGACAUUAAAGAGCAGGGGACCGUCGAGCAGGCGAAUCCAAUCCGUCAAGAACAGUCAAAGGGGCACGAUGUCUCCCAGGUGGAGAGAGUCGUCUCCGCCUCCGAGUUCGACGAGAAGGACCAUAUUGACUAUGGACGUAUCGAUCAGGAGAUUUCUCCUGAAGAGAACAAGCGUCUGAAGAGGAUGAUCGAUCGCCGGGUGCUCCCGAUCAUGAUCUUCACGUACUUCCUUCAAGCCUUGGAUAAGGGAACACUUUCAUUUUGCAUCGACCAUGAACUUUCGAGAGGAUUUAGGACUUCUCCAAGGCCAUACUCCUGGCUCACCACUUGCAUCUACAUUGCCGUCUUAGUCGUCGAAUAUCCGACGAACUGGAUCAUUCAACACGUUCCACUUGGAAAAUAUUUAGGCGCGAACAUCGUCCUCCGGGGCAGCGUCCUCGCCUGCCAUGCGGCCGCUGUGAAUUUCCCCAGCAUUCUCGCUCUACGAACGCUCCUGGGGAUCUUCGAAGCGGUCUGCCAGCCUGCAUUCUUGGUCAUGAGCAGCAUGUGGUAUAAACGUGAGGAACAAGCAGAGAUUGUUACCUAUUGGUAUAUGAUGAACGGCGGCCAACAAAUAGUUGGCGGAAUUCUAUCCUACUGCUUUACGCUCCUCAAAACCGGCCCCAUCACAUCCUGGCAAGCUCUCUUUAUCACCUACGGAACGUUCUCUGUCCUCUGGGGCCUGUUCGUCCUCUGGUGGCUUCCCGACUCCCCCAUGCGGGCCCAAUGCUUCAGCGAGGAAGACAAGCGGCUCAUGAUCGAGCGCGUGCGCGGCAACCAGACAGGCAUGCAGAACCGCAAGUUCCGGCCGGAGCAGGUCAAGGAGGCGUUGUCGGACCUCCAGACGUGUUGCUACUGUCUGAUUGCCAUUUGCACUACACUUCCGACGAGCGGUCGGGGGGCCUUUGCGAAUAUCAUCAUCACCGGCUUCAAAUUUACAGUGCUUCAGUCGCAGCUGCUGGCCAUGGUCCUGGGUGCCGUUAUCAUCAUCAUCCUGCUAACCUCCACCUGGUUGGUCAAGAAGACUGGCCAAAACUUGAUCGUGGUGGGCUUCUAUGUGAUCCCGUCCUUUGUUGGCACCAUUGUGUUAAUGACAGUCGAGAACAAAAACAAGGCGUCACAGGCGGCCUUCUCAUCAACUCUCGCCAUGAGCAUGAUCUCCCGCAACGUCGCCGGCCAAACGAAGAAGACCGUCGUGAUUUCCGCCAACUUCGUCUCUUGGUGCACGGGGAACGCGAUCGGACCACAGGUUUUCUUGUCCUGGAAUGCGCCUCACUACUUCAUUGCCUUUGCUACCCACAUCGGUUGUUACGUGUUGCUGGUCAUUGUCAUUGUCUUCCUCCGGUUUUACCUCAAGACGCAAAAUGAUGCUAAAGAUCAACUGGCGGCAGAAGGCGAUGUUGGAGCUAGGGACGGGACUCUGAUUCACUCGUUCGAGGACUAG